GGCGGGCGGCCGCAUGACUCCUGUCGCGCGCGUGGCUCCUGCGCGUAACUUAUUACGUUACGUGGGCUCUCUUGUGUAGACGGUACCGAGAAUUGAUGAUUGAUUGAUUAUUACAUAAAUCUAGCAAAUAUAGCAAAGACCUCUCAAAAUGUACUUUGAAGUUCCGAAGUCGAGUUAACUAACAGGACAGCAUUAACAAACAUAUUCAACAAAGCGGGUAAAACUUUCGCAGCUAAGAAGUUGGAACUGUGUAUACAAUGUCUGGCAACAGUGCGCUCUAACAAGCCGGCCAUCUGAAGUUGUUAAACGGGCAGGAACAGAACAGGCAGGCGGGCGAAUAAUUCUAGGCGGCGGUCAGUAACUGGGGAGCUCUUGCGGACAGUUUGGAAGUGCGGCCCGGCCCGGCGCGGGAGUCCAGAUCUAUCGCUGACAGCCUCGCCAUGGAGACGCAUUCGCUCGGCCGCACUCGACAUACCCCUACUGUGAGGAACCAUAUCGUCUACACUGACCAAAAAGGGAGAAAAAUUCCGUAUGCCGACAAGACCACGCCGGAGCCAAUCCUGAACAACAAUGGGCGGGACACAAAGGUGGACUCGAUCAGGAACAGCUACAACAGCCAGUUCAAAGUUGGCAUCUACGGCUGGAGGAAGAAAUGCCUUUAUAUUCUCGUCAUGGCGCUCAUGCUUAUGAUGAUUAUUAACCUCGCGUUGACGCUUUGGGUUUUAAAAGUUCUGGAUUUUAAUUCGGAAGGGAUGGGCCAGCUGCGAAUAGUGCCCGGAGGUCUACAGCUAUUAGGACAAGCUCUGGUGCUGGACUCGCUUUUCGCUUCGAGCAUCAAGUCGAGGAGAGGGCAGCCUAUUGCCAUCGAAUCGUCUAGAAACUUUACUGUUUCUACGAGAGACACUGAGGGAAUGCUGCAGAGUCGAUUAUUUUUAAGUCCGGAUCGUUUAGAAGUAAACACACCCCGAUUAGAAGUGCGUGACUCCCGGGGCGCACUUUUAUUCGGCGUCGGGCAGGACGCAGUGACGGUAGGCGCAGACACGCUCACCAUCACCAGCCCCGCCGGCGCCACGCUGCACACCUCCGCGCAGACCCCGCUGGUGCGAGCACCACCGUCUAAGAGAUUAACGUUAGAAUCCCCGACCCGGUCACUGGAAAUGCAAGCACCGCAGGGCAUUCUGCUGGAGUCGCGAGCUGGUGACAUCAGCGCCAGCUGCCUUACCAAAUUUCACCUCAAGUCUGUUGCGGGCGCUAUCCGUUUAGACGCCCCAAGUAUAUACAUGCCGAAGCUAAAGUCAGCGUUACCGCUGCCGCCCUCCUCGGCGCACUCGCACGACCCGCACCACCAGAACAUCUACCAGCUGUGCGCAUGCGCGAACGGCAAGCUGUUCCUCGCGCCGCCGCACGGCGCCUGCGCGGCGAGGGAAGAGAGCCUCAUAUGCCGAUGAUAAUGUUGACGUAUCACGCAAUUUUGGAAGCUGCUGGGUGGGUAUAGUUACAUUAGUAUCUUACAUAUUUUUAUUAAGUAGAAACGUUUGCGAGCGAGACUGUACAUUUUAAAGAAAACUGGAAAAAAUAAUAUCUCCGCAGAUCUCAUAAGGGAGGUUUAAGCCCGAAGAUAUGGACAAAUUCUCACGCAUCUGGUUUAAGUGACAAAAGCGAUUUAAAUAGUAUACGAAUGGUCGCAGGGGCGCGUGAUUUGAACUCUUCGUCACAUGGAAAAAAUAUUUGCGAAUUUCGGGAACGAACCUAUCUUUACUUUUGAAAUCUUUGGCAGCUUCCAAUAUCGCAAAAUGUAAACAAUUUAGGUAAGGCGAUUGAAUAUUUUGUGCUUAGUAAAAUAACUGUCUUUAUGAGAGUUGAAACAAAUGUAUUGUUUAUUAUUUUAUUUUAUGUAAAAAACAUUAUAAAAAUAUUAUAUUUAUGUUGAUACGCAAUGGUAAUAUUCAAAAACUGUUUUUAAAUAAUUGAAAAUUAUUUGAUAUGUAAAAUUAAUACAUGCUAAAUAAAAUUAAUACGUGUAGUUCUAGAAUGUCAUUGUAUACGUAAUUUUCUAAAUUGUAUAAAAAUAUAAAGGUACUGCGUAAAUGAUUUUAUUUUGUUAUAAGAUUGCAACGACGUAAACUAACGUAUUAAAAUAUUUAUAUCGAUUAGUGCCUUGAACGCAUUUUGACGUAGGUACUGUACUUAAAUUAUGAAAGUACUUACAGGUUUUAUUACUAAAAUGAGAUCCUUGAAGGCAUGAAAUAAUCGAAACUUUUUCAGUAAAUAAAGUAUAAAAUUUAUCUGUUAUCACUUAGUAGGUAUAUAUGCUAAAUUGCAAUUGAGUUUUCAAUUAUGAUUUUUUUUAAGUUUAUGUUGUCAUCCAAUAAAAAAAAAUUAAAAGAUAUCCUACAGAUAGAAUGUGAAAAGAUUUUCCAUGUUAUUCUUACGGAAACGUAUGAACGAAACGAACGUGUCAUGCUAUUUCAAUCAGUCUCAGUACAAGAUGUACUGACACUGUUUGAACUAGCAUGACAAAUAAGACCGUUUUCGGAAAAAUACGAAGGAAAAGCUUUUCGUACUACAUCUGUACUCUGCAUAAGCAAUACUUAAGAAAAGAGUAAAAUAUCCUCUAUACAAUCGUUUUAUUUCCCUCUCUGAGCGUGUAUUUUCAUUUUAUACAUAUACAAUUCAGUAUUACUUUACAAAUACUAAAAACAUGUUUUCAAUUAGUUUGCUGUGAGGCUUUAUAUAGAUUCAAUAUCAAUAUCCUGAGAGAAAAAUAAAAACUAUGUUUGUAUGGAGAAUCGGACUGGAGGGACACUUUGUCUCACAAAUUAUGCGUUUGCAUUGGCUUUGUGAAUGAAAUUUACGAAUAUAGCCUCGUAAGGCCCACCAUAGUUAGUUUUCCCAUUUUGAAUUUGAACCUUAGCUAUAAAUAAAUUGGUAAGAUUUUCGUUUGUUUCAAAAAUCAAUGUAACAACGGAAAAUCUUCUUUACUUAGUUCAUGGAAGGUUCAAAUUAGAUUGCAAUACUAUGUACAUUGUAAUGUACAUUGGGCCUUACGAGGUUAAAGGUACAUACGGUAGUAGGAUAACUAUUUUAUUUAAAUUUGUGGUGGCUUUAAAUUUUGAAAAUGUAUGUAAAUGUAUGUGUAUGGUAUACAUAUAUGUACGGGCGUAAAUGUUAGGAAAUGAUGUUUGUCAUGUUUGUAAUAAAAAAUGUGCGUCUGCAAUAUUUAUUAAUAGACUCCCCUAGAUUCUAAUAGUAAAUUAUGUUAAACGGUCGCUUUUCUAGUUUACCGUGGACACCUAUCUCAUACACUUAAUCGUGAAGGAGUCCACAUAUUACGAGUUCGCCGGACGAUUUUUGCUUGUCAGGUAAUUGCAAAAGUAUCAUUGCUGACUAACUGACAGGCCGAUAUUGUCCGGCGAAAAGGGUACCUAGCUAACGUCACAAUCCAUACGAUUUGUAAACGUAUCGUGGCUAGUUCUCCAUAUCGCUCUUCUGCAGUGGCGCGACAAAGCCAUACUGCAUUUUGAACAGCGUCAUUGAUUGUCACUUCGGGCAGAUUGGCUGGUAAUCUGUAGGCCCCUUAACGAAAAUUGCGCCAGUGUGGAUGUCAACGGGGAAUUAUAAAAGCCCAAUCAAUAGAUAUUUUCCUGUUAAACAAUGUAUUGAUGAUCGUACAAUUUGUUGACAUUGUUGUAAAUACCUACCUACACUUUAUAGACAAUUAUCAAUAUAUGACUAUGCAUUCAUGUA